AUGCAACGCGUGUAUCCUGUCCAGUUAUUUCGAAGAGUGCAAUUCACCAGUCAGCACUGUGUUACAACACGACUUUUUGCUACGGUUCUUCGAGGUGCACAUUCCUCCUUAUGUAACAGAGUAGUGACUGGAGUGAAGCAUUUACCUUCAAAUUUGACUUGUCACCAGUAUGCUACACAAUCAGAUCAAGGCAUUUUUCAACGAUUUAGAAAUGCAAUUGGGCUAAGCAGAUUAUCAAAACCUAUGUUGCGCACAGUUGGAUACAAGUUGUAUCAGUCCUUGGAUCAAGUGGAUUAUGACAUUUUCUUUAAAAAAUUGAAAAUGGAUGAUACUUUCCACUCUUGGUUCAUAGUGAGAGGUCUCCAUGUUUGGAUGCUGAUGGCAAGACUUAUGAAUGAAGGAGAAAAAGGAAGACUUCUUCGUAAUGCUGUAGUUGAAGCUAUGUGGGAAGAUGUUGAGGCCAAAAGUAAAAGGCUUGGAGAUACGGCUUCGAGCUUGAGAAGAAAACAGAUUCAAACUCUAGCUGAUGAGUUUCAAGCAAGCUUAUUUUCAUACGACGAAGGUCUUAUGAGUUCUGAUACAGUACUGGCCGGUGCAAUUUGGCGCACCUUACUUCUUCAAAAAGAUUUUGAUCCACGUCACCUGGAAGCGUUAGUCGAAUACGUAAGAGAAAAUAUCGCAACGUUAGACAAAAUUAGUUUUGAUGAGCUAAGUAACUGUGAAGUCAACUGGACAAAAGUAAAUUUGUAGCAAAUGCAUCCUAUUAGAAGUUAUUACAAUUGACCCAAAAUUUGUAUUGUUGCACUGAAUAACAUUUGGUUUCAAUUUG